CAAAGCAUCUGUAUCCAUAAUUCCUAAGGAAAUUAGAGCAGCAUGGUGGGUAGACACAAAUUGUUUAUCGUGCUCCAUAAUCUACUGCCACUCUUCAUUUUCGUUUUCGGGAUUACGUCUUCUUGGGAUACUCCCACACUAACUGAGGCCACCAAACAAGACGUCGGAAGAAGAAAGUUGGCCACUCAAAAUAAUCCGGGUUUCAUAAGCAUCGAUUGCGGAGUAGAGGAAGACUACCUUAACGAUGAAACUGGUAUAUUCUACAAGUCCGAUAAAGAUUUUAUUGGAACUGGUGAAAACCAUGACAUAUCACCUAGUGCCAGCGGUACCAAUUAUUACCCUGUGCAUUGGAGGGAGUACAGGAACUUGAGAAGUUUUCCUAAUGGAAAAAAGAACUGUUACACUCUGAAACCUGAACAAGGCAGAAAUAACAGCUACCGUAUUAGGGCUUCCUUUUUAUAUGGAAAUUAUGAUAACAAGAAUAAAAUACCAGAAUUUGAGCUAUAUGUGGGAGUUAAUUACUGGGACACCGUGAGAUUGCCAUCCGUGUGGUACAUGCUCUUCCUCGAAAUUAUUCACUUCUUCACAGCUGAUACUGGAUAUGUAUGUCUUGUAAACACCGGCUUUGGAGUUCCUUUCAUUUCGGCAUUGGAAUUACGGCUUUCAAAUGAUUCAGCUUUUAAUACAACCAACUCCGUAGCACUAGGAAACGUCAAGACUGUUGACCUGGGCAUCUCUAGUAAUAACUCUUUCAGGUACAAGGAUGAUGGUUAUGACCGCAUCUGGCUACCUCUCCAGUUUCCGAGUUCUGUUCCGAUUUCUCCCUCAUUGAAUAUCGCCAACCAGGGUAAUGAUUUAUACAAAGUACCGGCUGAGGUCUUGAGAACUGCUAUCCGGCCAGUCAAUGGCUCCAGAUCCCUGAAUUAUACUUACCACUCAUCUCUUUUCCCCUCUAGUCAAUAUCUUGUCUGCUUUUACUUCGCUGAGGUUGUAGAGACUGCGCGGCAAGAUCAACUUAGAAAAUUCACCAUCACUUUGAAUGGUGUCAAGAGUAAACCGAUUACUCUUGAGUAUUUAAAGCCGUUAUCGGUAAGCUCCCAGAAUUUACCGGUUCAAGGAGUAAUUAACUUUACUAUUGAUGCAACAGAGGAAUCCGACCUUCCCCCAAUACUCAACGCCAUGGAGUUUUACAGAGUUCUUCCACUUCCAUUUUCACCAACUGCCACAACAGACGGUGAUGCUAUCAUGGCCAUCAAGCAAACAUACAACAUAAUCAAAGAUGAUUGGCAAGGAGAUCCGUGCCUCCCCGAAGUAUAUACCUGGAGUGGUUUAACCUGCAGGUUCAACGGUACUCCAAGGAUCAUAUCACUGAACCUGAGUGCAAGUAAAUUAAUGGGGGCGAUUUCUUUGUCAUUCUCUGAUCUGCAGGCAAUAGAGUCCCUUGACUUAUCAAACAAUGAAUUAACAGGGCCAGUGCCAGAAGUUUUAUCGCAACUGCCAAAUUUGAAAGUCCUAAAUUUAUCUGGAAACCAGCUCACAGGUUCAGUUCCCCAAUCUCUCAAGGACAAGUCUGAUAAUGGAUCCCUGGUUUUGAGUUUGCCCGAAAAUCCAGAUUUAUGCCAAAUGGAUUCAUGUCAUGAUAAAGAAAAGAACAAGUUUGUUGUUCCAGUUGUUGCAUCGAUUGUAUCUGUUUUGGUCCUCAUCUUCUUGAGCAUUCUAUUUGUAUUUUGCAUAAUUAGAAGGAGAAGACAACGAGAGCCUCUGAUCAAGUCAUCCAAGGAAGGGUCAUUUAAAUCAAAGAAUCGACCCUUCACUUACUCUCAGAUUGUUAAAAUCACCGGUAACUUCACAACUGUCGUUGGCGAGGGAGGAUUUGGAAAAGUUUACCUUGGUACUCUGAAUGAUGAAACUCCAGUUGCGGUCAAAUUACUGUCGCCAUCAUCAAAGCAAGGAUUUAAAGAAUUUCGAGCAGAGGUACAACUUUUAAUGAUUGUUCAUCAUAGAAAUCUUGUAUCUCUUAUUGGUUACUGUGAUGAGAAUGGCAAGAUGGCGCUGAUUUAUGAGUACAUGGCAAAUGGAAACUUGAGACAGCACUUAUCAGGCACAAACAGAAAUGUUUUCAAAUGGAAAGAAAGGCUUCAAAUUGCCAUAGAUGCUGCCUAUGGUUUGGAGUAUCUACAUAAUGGUUGCAAACCGCCCGUAGUUCAUAGAGAUUUGAAAUCUGCGAACAUCUUAUUGACCGAAAGCAUGCAAGCGAAGAUAGCUGAUUUUGGGUUGUCUAAAAUUUUCAUAACAGAAAAUCAGUCUCACAUAUCAACUUGCCCUGCUGGCACACCCGGAUAUCUUGAUCCUGAAUUUCAAUGUUCAGGGAACCUAAACAAGAAAAGCGAUGUUUACAGCUUUGGAAUUAUCCUAUUUGAGCUAAUCACAGGGCAGCCUGCAAUAAUAAGGAUCCCUGACUGCGGCAUUCACGUACUUCAAUGGCUGAGUCCAAUAGUGGAAAAGGGAGACAUUCGGAGCAUUAUUGAUCCCAGGUUGCAAGGUGAAUUCGAUGUCAAUGCUGCCUGGAAAGUGGUGGAGAUAGCCAUGUCAUGUGCACAACCAGCUUCAAUCCAAAGGCCUGACAUGAGUCUUGUAUUAACUGAACUGAAGGAAUGCAUGGCUAUAGAGAUGGCUCUCGGGAGAACUGAAAGAAUGCAGAGCAGCAUAACAACAUCAAGCAACUUACCUGAAAUGUCCCUUUUGGACCUGGAUUCAGAUAUGGUUCCCAUCCCCAGGUAGCUACCAGACAUAUCUCCAUGUUUCGCUGUCAAAUUUGCGGUGAGAGCUUUUUUCCAGUAAACUUGCAGUAUGUCUUUCUAAAAUCUUUCCUGAAGACAUACGAAUAAGUUACAGACAGCUUAGCAAUUGGCGUAAUCCCUUUUCUUUUCUCUUGUUUCCAGAAUGCACAGUGUUUGUAUACUUGAACAUUUGUUAUUGUUGAGUUCCAUGGGAUGAAAAAUGAACACAAAAAUUCCCAUUCAUCUAUC